AUGCAGCGUUGUCUUUUCUCUUCUUUCGAUGUGACGCGUCAAGCAUUUAUCCAAAGUAAGCUUAGCUUUGGAAUUGUCAACCUCAAACCUAUUGUGCCGGGUCAUGUUCUUGUCGUUCCAUACCGGGUUGUUCCUCGUUUGAGCGAUCUGGCCGCCGAAGAAAUAGCCGAUUUAUUCUAUACAGUCCAAAAGGUUGGAGGCGUAGUUCAACAGGAGUACAAAGCUGAAGGAUUGACAAUUGCCUGCCAAGAUGGCCCUGCUGCCGGCCAAACAGUUCCCCAUGUGCACGUGCAUGUCAUUCCCCGACGCUUUACUGAUUUUAACGGUGACAAUGAUCGAGUAUACCCGAUAUUGGAAGCGGCUGAAGGGGAAUUGCCCAGCCAACUAAAAGUAAUGGGCGAAGGUAGAGCCCCAGAGCCAAUAAAGGUUGACAAUGAGGGGCGAACCCCACGUACGGUUGAAGAUAUGGAAACAGAAGCCGUUCGGCUUCGUGGCCUUUUCUCCAACUGA